AUGCUUCGUUCACUUCUAACCACCUUUGUUCUCGCCGCUUUGCACGGUGCCUCCCUGGUUUCUGCCCAGAACGCUGGACCAGCGGGCUGUGUGUCCUUCGACAUUCAGUGGAACCUCCUCGCCUUUGGGUUCAAUGGCAAGGAUUACAAUGCUGGCACGCAAGAUACUUGGGCGUCAGGUGCUGCCACGGAUAUCACGACCACUGGAAGGCCGCCGUUUGACCACCUGAACACGACGUGCUACCUUUCCCAGUUCACGAACGCCAUCUACUUUAUCAAUGCCGACAAGGCGAAUCCAUCUGCGAUCUAUAUCUACGACGCCACUGCGAAGUCAUGGAGCAUGCAGCAAGUGGUGCAAGGUGGCUUUGACCCAAGCGACUUUGAUGCCAUCCUCGACCACGACACGAACGUCUUCUAUUCCUAUUCGGGUGGCGAAAUGUAUUCGCUGGAUAUGGCGCUCCUCAAAUCCGCCAACUCGACGGCGAUUCCCUGGGUGGACGUUCAGGAGCCCGACCUCUCCAUCGACUCGACGGAUCCAGCAACAGUGAAAGUUCCGGGUGCCAAUACAGAUGGGUACAAGCCUGUGCUCGCCCUUGCCCAAAAUCAUGUGCACUUUAUUGGCGUGCCAGGCAUUCCUAGCGGCAGCGCGAAGAUCUUCGUGAUCCACUUCUCGUACAUGCAACCUGCACCCCAAUCCUACGGUGCCAACGCGUUCCCGACAUCGCACGGACGGGCAGCGUCGUUCUUCCUCGACCAGGGUGUGCAGCAGGAGUUUGCUUUCAUUCCGGAUGACGGCAGUGCCACCUAUGUCGUGAGCGUUGAGACAAAUACAACCAAGACCCUCACAGGCCCGCCGCAGCAGGAUCCUUGGGCUUCAUACAGCGCAUCGACGAGUGCACUAGUACAGCUGACAACUGCCGGCGAGGUUGCGUUCUUGCCAUAUGAUCCGAAGACGACGGUGAACGGUGGGACAUGGACCAAGGUGUCUAAGCUCCCGGCAGCGGCAUUUUCAAGCUCGCAAGGGACGGCGACAUCGUCCGGCAAUGGCCCACGUGCGACCGAGGGCUCCUCUGGCAAUUCGACUAACGGGUCGAACAACCAGACCGGCGGUGCAAACACGCUGGAGCUCGGGAUGGCCUUACUCACCGGCAGCGCCCUGAGCAUGAUCGGCCUGUUUGCGCUGUGA